AUGCCGAGCGGGACACCGGCCCCUCAUCGUCAUGCUACUCCGAAGCACACCGUGGCAGCGCGGCCGCGUGGGCAUAAGGAGGCGUCCCCACAGGUGAUACCAAUGACCAAUGUUAUUCCAAGGGACAGUCCCUUUGUCACGUGGAACCAAUUCCAGUCCGCUAUGAGUGUAGUAAGAAAUGUUAUAGGCGGGACCGGGGAAUUGGGCGCAACGUUUCCCAUACUACCAGAAGACAGCAGCACUAUGCAGGCCGUUUUGCUGCGCAUCGAGCGCCGGUACAGCCACAUGGGAUUGGAGCCGCGCGAGUGGGGAAGCGCAUUUAUUGACCACCCUGUGGGCCCAGGUCUAACCUAUUGGAUGUAUCUACGGCGAACUAUCGACCUAAGCGACUGGGAAACGGUACAGCGCCAGCUUUGGGAGCGAUUUGACAAAGCAAUGUCGCCGAGUCAAUUGCUAACGGAGUUGGCUAAAUUAAGGUGGAAUGGUAACCCGAAGGAGUACACGGACCGGUUUGCAGCUGUAGCGUAG